CUAUGUAUUGGAGGCUGACCUUGAACUCUGCCUCUGCCUCAUGAGUGUUAGGAUUAAAGGCACAGACUAUCAUGCCCAGUUCCAGCAGCAUCUUUUUGCAGGCUGGAGAAAGCAGAGCUUAACCACGUAUCCAGGAUACUUCUGGACUUCUAACUCCACAACAUCACGAGGUCAUGUUUGGGGGGCACAGUAGAAAUUAUUUAACCAUCCAGAUGGGGCACGUUGAUCAGUUUCUAGCCUCUUAACCUGUUUUCUCACGCCAUGAGGGCUGGUUGAAGAGAGUAAAACAGUGUUAACCAUGUGCACAGCAGACACCUACCAGUCACUUCAAAGGUGAUUCCCAUCAUCCUCAUGCCCUUCCAUGACCUCACAAUGUCACCCCAAGCCACAACAUGCUUGGCUCAGGGAGACAUUGCUUACACAAGAGAGUCUGGGCACAGAAGGGACAGACAGUCCCUCUCCUUUAUCUCAGGUACCAAUGAACUAACUGUACGGGAGCAGUAUGAUGCUGUUCCCAUUCAGUCCAGUGUGGUGCUAUGUUCCUGCCCGUCUCCAUCAAUGGUGAGGUCCCAGACUGAGUCCAGCUCGGCCCCUGGCAUUCCUAGUUGUGUUAGCAGGCAGGGACCCACCAUGGAUGGCACCACAGCUGAAGCCCGACCAAGUACCAACCCCUUGCAGCAGCAUCCUGCCCAGCUGCCACCACAACCUCGAAAGAAACGGCCUGAAGACUUCAAGUUUGGGAAAAUUCUUGGAGAGGGCUCUUUUUCGACAGUUGUUCUGGCCCGAGAACUGGCUACUUCCAGAGAAUAUGCUAUUAAAAUUCUGGAGAAACGUCAUAUUAUAAAAGAGAACAAAGUCCCAUAUGUAACUAGAGAGAGAGAUGUGAUGUCACGCCUGGAUCACCCAUUCUUUGUGAAACUUUACUUUACAUUUCAAGACGACGAAAAGUUGUAUUUUGGGCUUAGUUAUGCCAAAAAUGGAGAGUUACUCAAAUACAUCCGCAAAAUUGGUUCAUUUGAUGAGACCUGUACCCGGUUUUACACAGCUGAGAUUGUGUCUGCUUUAGAGUACUUGCACGGCAAGGGCAUCAUUCACAGAGACCUUAAACCAGAAAACAUUUUGUUAAAUGAAGACAUGCACAUCCAGAUCACAGAUUUUGGAACAGCAAAAGUGCUAUCCCCAGAGAGCAAACAAGCCAGGGCCAACUCAUUUGUAGGAACAGCACAGUAUGUUUCUCCAGAGCUGCUCACAGAGAAGUCGGCGUGUAAGAGUUCAGACCUUUGGGCUCUUGGAUGUAUAAUCUAUCAGCUUGUGGCAGGACUCCCACCGUUCAGAGCCGGAAAUGAAUAUCUUAUAUUUCAGAAGAUCAUUAAGCUGGAAUAUGAUUUUCCAGAGAAAUUCUUUCCCAAGGCAAGAGAUCUUGUGGAAAAACUCUUGGUUUUAGAUGCCACAAAGCGUUUAGGCUGUGAAGAGAUGGAAGGGUACGAGCCUCUCAAAGCUCAUCCAUUCUUUGAGUCCAUCACAUGGGAGAAUCUGCACCAGCAGACACCUCCGAAGCUCACAGCUUACUUGCCAGCCAUGUCAGAGGAUGAUGAAGACUGCUAUGGCAACUAUGACAACCUCCUGAGUCAGUUUGGCUGCAUGCAGGUGUCAUCCUCCUCCUCUUCCCACUCACUGUCUGCGGUGGAUACCAGCCUACCCCAGAGGUCGGGCAGCAACAUAGAGCAGUACAUCCAUGAUUUGGACACUAAUUCAUUUGAACUAGACUUACAGUUUUCAGAAGAUGAGAAAAGAUUGUUAUUGGAAAAACAAGCCAGUGGAAACCCUUGGCACCAAUUUGUAGAAAAUAACCUAAUACUAAAAAUGGGCCCAGUGGAUAAGCGAAAGGGUUUAUUUGCAAGACGACGGCAGUUAUUACUCACAGAAGGGCCACAUUUAUAUUAUGUUGAUCCUGUCAACAAAGUCUUGAAAGGUGAAAUUCCAUGGUCACAAGAACUCCGACCAGAAGCCAAGAAUUUUAAAACUUUCUUUGUCCACACGCCUAACAGGACGUAUUACCUGAUGGAUCCAAGCGGGAAUGCUCACAAAUGGUGCAGAAAGAUCCAGGAGGUUUGGAGGCAGCGGUACCAGAGCCAUCCAGAUGCUGCUGUGCAGUGACGCUGCCUGCGGCCGGGCUGCCUAUCGCUGCCAGGAUACCUGCCCCAGCGCGGCUCGGCCGCCAUCCAGGACGCUUCCAGACCACCUGCCAGCCUUCUCAAGGAGAACAUGGAUGGUGGAAACCUUGCAGCUUUUUUAUUUAAAAGAAAAGAAAAAAAAGAACCCAGCCACACAAAGAACAAAAUAACCAACAAACAGGAAUUCAGGGUCGCUUUGCUUGCUCUCUGUGCUUUGUGGUGGCUUCCAUGCACUGCUGUGGCCAUGGAGACCCAGCUUCUUGCACGGUAGCCCAGCUUCUGCCCAGACCAGUGGCCAUGUUUGGCAUCACCAGCCCCUCCUUAGCAUCCACAGGAACUGCAUGCCUGCUUCUACCCUUCCCCGCCAAUAAACACAGCUCCUGCUGUGACUGAGGGACCGGGUGUAUCUGGCUCUCCUUCACCAGGAAGCCUCUUCACUCCUCUGCUGGGGUGGUCACCAGCUCACUGUGGGUACAGGGCUCUUAGCUUGUGUGUGUACUCCCUUCCUUGAGUCCUUAUAUGGCCCUAGAGAUGUGGUCAGGUGUGCUUCCAGUGGCAGUAUUUCUGUGGUUCCUGCCUUACAGUAGGCAGGUUGUAUGGUGAGAAGUAUGCAGCUGCUAUAGUUACAGGCUGCCCUCAUUGAACUCUGCUCCAUCAUUCCACUUCCUAGAAGUUCAUCCAGGGAAUUAGACACCAAGCCAAACGUGUGUCCAGGAGGGUUGCUGUCAUACCAGCACCUAGACAACACCAACUAGAUCAUUUAUCCGAUACAGAAUCCUGUCUUGAACCAGGACAAGGCUAGAAGUACCAUGGAGAAUCUAGCCUGGGCCACAGCUCCCAUCUGGAGGAGUGGGGCAGCAGGCCUUCCUGGGAAUUUCUGCAAAGGUUUAAAUGUGUAGGCCACUGCCCAUGAGGCAGGGACUGAGAAAAUCCCAGGGUAUAUGCCAAUUUCCUGUGCAGCCUCAAUGUACCUAUUAGUGCUGUGGGUAAAUACUUCUCAGCUAGCUCAGUUUUUACAUCUCUGUUGAAAAUCUGAAAGCCUUCUCAUGUUGCCUGGUCACCUGGUAUCAUAAAGCAUGAACUUUGCCUGGAAAGAAUGUUACCACUGUCUGGCUCAUAGGAACAGCCCACUUAAAUCUGAGCCUGCCUGUGCUGGAAUUCUUUGCCAGUAUUGGGACAUUUCUCUUAUGCUAAGCUGACAGUGCUUUGUUCUGUAACACAGAUGGCCUGGGAUAUUUUGGCACUCUUGCAGAAUGCUUCUGAGGGACUUAGUUGUACCUUUCUUUCUGACUAGGAUGUCCCUAAAGGGUGGCCCUUGGGUCCCUAGUGGGGAAAAGUAGGCACCUGCCUUCAUAGACUGCUCACAGCAACAUCUCUGACUCCCAUGUCCUGAAGGCAGCAACAAUUUUGCCUUUUUUUUUUUUUUUUUUGGUGACUUUCACAAAGGCACUCCAAAAAAUGCCCACACAACAAUUACCCCAGUUCUGUCCACAGUGAGCACCUGUGGGCCAGGCCACCCAAACCGAGAGGGGAAAGAUUCUGUUCUUAAAUUUUAAUAAGAGUGCUUCUUUCUAACUGGGGUGGAGUGUAGAUGAAAAGCUCGCCAUCAUGCCUUGGCAGGGAUGCUGGAUGGGAGCAGGGGUUUUCUUCAGACUUUGCUAGAUUGUGUGAUAAGAGGUUCAGGUGACCAAGGAGCAGGUGUCAGGACCUCACCUGCCCCCAGGACCUAGGGAACAGAUAGCCCAGCACACUGUCAGCCUGUGAGUGAAAACGGGCACUCUCUCUCCUGGUUUUUUGAAGAAUCUGUGUUAGCUACACUUGGCUGUCUCCUCCUUAGAGUCCUGUUCUUGCUCAUGCCUUGUGGCUAUUUAGCUCUCAAAACUAUCCUAUAACCUGCCUUUGCAUGUGUAAGAGUGGCUUCCUGGCUGUCCCAUGAAUGCAGACACAGGGAAGGUAUCUCUGAGGACACUUAACUACAGGGUACCACGUGGGGCUGAGGCGUUGCUUGAAUUAGAACACCUGGCUGGCUUAUGGGAGAGUCCUCUGUUGUUUUCUCUCUGGGGAGCAACACUACCUCCUGGGCUUUACCAAGCACCAUCCUAACCUCCAAAAUCAGGGUUUAGCUGAACUGGUAGUGGGUGGCCAUGAUGACUGCCCUAUGCUACAAUAGCUGAGCUCUUCCCAGCUCACCUUUAUCCUUACUGCCUCCUUUUCCUUGUUUGUUUGUUUGUUUGUUUGUUUGUUUGUUUUUCUUAAAGAACCAUAUACAUUCUUUUCUUACCCGGACUUAGAUCAUUUUCAGUUUUUUCCAGUCAUCCCUAGAGUCAGCACCUAGUGUGCAGGUGCCUUACACUGUAGGACAGGACAGGAUGGGGGUGUUAGUUUGUACAAGUGUGUGUGUGUGUGUGUGUGUGUGUGUGUGUGUGUGAGAGAGAGAGAGAGAGAGAGAGAGAGAGAGAGAGAGAGAGAGAGAGAGAGAGAGAGAGAGAGGAGAGAGAGGGAGAGAGAGAGAGAGAAGGAGAGAGAGGGAGAGAGAGAGACAGACAGACAGAGACAGAGACAAAAAGAGAGAGUAAAUGGGGGAUCUAGCUAAGGAGAGAAGGAAAUGCCCCCAUUAGUAGCUCUAGAUGUUGUGUGUUCUAAGAACAGCAAGAUGUCCUCUGGCUUCUCUUACCUAGGACUGUACCUCACAGCCCACUGGCCCUGCCUUUUCUUGGCAUCACAUGAAGCUGAGCUUGAAUGGGUCAUUUCCACCUGUUUUUCUGUACUCUGGUUGGGCAGUGAACAUCCCCAUGUAGUUGAGUCUAGGUACUCUAGAGUUGCACCAUGGCUCAGCUAUCAUUCUAAGCUCUAUCCUGGUAGAUGCAGUAAAAAAGCCCUUUGAGAAAGAUGGCUUGUAUUAGGCUGGUAGAAACUUCACCUGCUGCAGCCCUUUUUGGGCCACCCUAGUGUUUAUGGUCUAUGCUUGAAGUAACCUUGCAGAUAUUCAUGUGUGGCACAGAUUCCCAGUGCCAGCAAGGAGGCAGGCAAUUGUGUGCUUUCUUAAAAGUAGUAUCUGUUUUCUGAAAGUAAAAGAAAGAAAAGAAAGAAAGGCCCAUCAUUCAGAGACCACUGUGUGCAUUUUAAUGUAGAUCCUGCUCUUCCCUCCCCAGCUUUUCCUUGUUAUUGUCGUCGUCGUCCCAGUGCUGGGAAUUGAAUCAGGGCACUCAGGAGGGCAAAGCAAGUGCUCUACCACUGAGCUACAUCCUCAGCCCUUGUUUGCUUUUUAAAUCAAACUUGGGGCGUACAGCAUACAUCAUUUUGUAUCCAGCCUUUUCACUUGACAUUUUUUCCCUUAGCAUUUCUCCAUACCAUGAGCAGUUCUUCAAAAGCGUGUUUUUAAUAAUUGUGGACCCAAAUGGUUGUAAAUUUGUAAGUUAUCCAACUGUUUCUCUGUUGUAAAACAUUGAGAUGGUUUUGGAGUUUUCUGUUUGUUUGUUUUUUUUUUUUUUUUUUUUUUGCUAUUUAAAUAAUGCUGUAGUGAAUAUACCUAUCCGUCUUUGAUUUUUACCAUGAUUUUUUUUUCUCUCCCUUACAUGCCUGCAAGUGGUAUUUUUUGGGUCAAAGAAUUUGUGCAUUUCACAGCUAUUCCUCCUCCUUGGUCCAAUGUUUAGAUGCUCUGAGUUCUAGUUACACCUCCUUUCUCAUGUCCUACAGAUUUUGAACACAUCAGUUCCUGCUUAGCUGUGUAUUCCCCACAAAGUUUGACUAGGACCGCUCUUUUUUUUAUGCUGAAAUUUUAUUACUGCAUAUCCAUUUGUGACAGAUUUUUCCAUAAGCCAGUUUCUUCAUUUUCAUUGCAAGAGUCUGAUCGUGCAUGUUACUUCUCUUCCAUCUUUGCUGCUAUAGCUUCCAAGUGCUUGGUGAUGUUUUCAGAAACUUGUACUUUGUGUCCACAAUGGUACUGAAUCUGCUUCUGCAAAGUCAGCAGAGAUAAAGUGUUAAACUGACCAUGCCACAUGCUUAAUGGGUAAUCAUAAUUAAGUUUAUAGACUCAGAAAGUGCAUUUGGGCCAUUUGGGGAUCAGUAGCAAAGCUCUAAUUGAAAAAGAAACCAUGUAGAUGAUUGGGUUUUAUGAAAGUAUAGUUGUGUCCUUGUUCCACUCCUCCUCAGGUUAGCAGUUGAGGACAGCACAGUGGCCAAGCCUUUUCAUUGCAGAGGAGGGUAUCCCAGCUGAUGUUUAUGUAAACCUUGCUGUGUGCUGCAGGUAAUUAUGGUCUUCUAAUACAGCCCAUCUAACCAAAUUGGGUUGUGUCUUUAUUUGUGUUGGGUGGGGCCUGUUGAUUCUAUUUGAAAACAUGCAGUGGAGUAUUUCUGGGCACCAGUGUUAUUCAACUCUACCAGAGCCUAGGGCUUAAGAAAUUAGCUACCUGCUUUCUGAGGCCUCAAGGCUUCUCCCUACUGCUCCAUAGACCCAAGGUGCUCAUAUCUGAGACUUGGAAGGCUGUGGCAGCUCUGAGUGAGGAUACCAUGUUCCAAGAAAUGCUACUGUACACCUUUUCCAUUUUGUUGUUGUUUAGCAAAACCCAACAUAAAUUGACUCCAGUGGGUGUAGCAUCUCUUAUGUAGAAUGUAUGACAAGGACCCUGGCAGAUUAGACAGGGCUGGGACCACUCAGAGCCUCUGAAGAUAACUGGCUUCUGGCCUAAUACCUAAGGGUUAUAAAUCAGAAUGCUUGUGGAAAAGUGGCCUAGGAAGAAAGCUGUUUCUGUCAAAGCACCUUUGCAGUGAUGAGCAAAUGAAUUAACCGAUAUGAAUACCUGAAAAUCCCCUGUAAUUCUUUACUUCCAUAUGAAGAAUUCAAGCUGUACAGAAGGUUUUACAAAAGGCAAAUUUUCCUUUCCUUAUGUAGUCCACCCUAGUUUAAUCAUCUGGGUUAAUGACUACAAGUGAGUCAUUGUGCAGGUGAAAGCCUCCAUUAUGACCACAGUUUCAUUGGACAUUGUCAAAUUAAACUGUUACAGUAUUUAGAGCUGCUGCGGCUGUUCCUUAGCCACGUACAGUAGGAUGAAUCAAUAGUCUAUUGCUGUCAUUCAGGUUGGUAGCAGUCAGUUAGAACAUGUAUAAUAUUCUCUACCUGGUCUGUAGCUGUAACUGUGAUGUACAGGCAAAGCAAAAAUUAAAAAUACUUAUGAAAACAGAUAAUGCAAUGAUACUAGGAUAUACACUUUUGUAUUUUUAUUCUUAUAUAAGGUUAUUUGCUGGCUAUUGUCGGCCUCUAGUUCAGUCUGUUAUUUAAAUUCUAAUAUAUGAAUUAUUUGGAUUGAAUUCAUGUUUGGGGCCACGUUGUUGUAUGUAUUGAUGUACAGCCUUGAAUGUGAAUAAUUAUUGUAAACUAUAUUUUACAACUUUUUUCCUGGCUUUAUUAUAUAAAUUUUCUAUUUGGUCAUGGUUUAAUCAUAUAAUUUAAUGAAAAAAUCUUUCUCUUUUUUUCAAAUAUCUGUGCUUUAGAUGUAUUACCGGAUGAUGGAUUUCCCUCGUAUGCUCGGUAGUCUUGUAAUAAAAGCAUGUAGAGUGUA